UACUAACACCUCCACUUCUCACCAAAACAAAGGUUACCCCGAAAUUUAAUCAAAAUAAGUCGAGAUGCCGGUGGAUUGGUUCGGAUAUGUGUACGCAGCCACAGUCGCCGCGGGAGGAAUCAUGGGAUUCGCCAAGGCGGGUUCCAUUCCCUCGCUGGGUGCUGGUCUGGCCUUCGGAGCCCUGCUCGGCUAUGGCGCCCACCUCAACUCCCAGGACACGCCUCGGCCCCUGCUCCAGCUGGGCACCUCCCUGUUCCUGGCCGGGCUGAUGGGCGCUCGCUGGAACCGAUCCGGAAAACUGAUGCCCGCCGGAAUGGUGUGCAUGCUAUCCGUGGCCGCCUUGGUCAAGAACCUGGCCACCUACAAUCGCUACCUAAUGCCCGCCGGCACAAAGGCCCCUUAGGCUGAUUCCCGGCCACAUGCUGGACUUGCCAGGAGAUUCCCUACCUUCAUUCUUCGUUCGUAUUGAAUAGGUUUUCUACUUUUCGGUGAUUGGACCUUUGGUAAUGCGCUGUGUCACUUUCUAAGAUAGUGAUUAGGAACUGUACUUGCUGCAAAUAUAUUUUAUCACCUAUGCUUUUAA